GCCACAUCCAAGAAAUUUUACAGUCAAUAAGACUAGUGGAGGUGGUGUUUACUCUAAACAGACCGAUGGUGGUGGUGUUGGGUUCCAUUCAUCAUCACUUGAUCUCUAAAUCCGCAAUAAUAAUCUCAGCAAACAUUUCUUCCUCUUCUUCUGUGAACAAGUCACAGAGAUUGUUCCUCACAAGGCGGAAUUCUUCAAUAUUAGCUACUUCCUCAAUUGUAUCUUCUUUUCUAUAUUUGGCGUCUUUUAAGUUGGAAAAUGCUCGAGUAGAAGAAGAAGCACCUCAGCGCCAAGAAGAACGGGCCGUUCAGGUAUUCGAAGAGGCUUCUCCUUCGGUGGUUUUUAUUAAGGACCUUGAAUUAGCUAAGACCUCGUCAGGCAGAAGCACAAAUACUGAAGAAGUUCUUACGAAAAAAGAAGAUGAAACUGCGAAAGUCGAAGGGACUGGUUCUGGUUUCAUAUGGGAUAAAAGUGGACACAUAGUGACCAAUUAUCAUGUCAUAGCUAAGUUGGCAACUGAUACGACUGGACUUCAGCGUUGCAAGGUAUUUCUUGAAGAUGCACACGGGGAAAAGUUCUCCAAGGAAGGCAAACUUGUUGGUUUUGAUACCACGUAUGAUUUGGCGGUUUUAAAUAUCGAUGUCGCCGAAGGAAAUUUCGAUCUCAAACCUGCUCUUCUUGGUACCUCUGGUGAUUUAUGUCGUAUCACCAGAGGUACCAAAGUUCAGUAUCCUUUUCUCAUCUGUUUUAAGAUAUUCCCAACAUAUCACAAGAUUCCCGUUCUUGGAAAUCCGCACUUUUCCAAAUCAAAAAAACAGAUGGAAUUCUGGGAUUUAUCCUUGGGGCAAAUACUUUUAUGCAUACCUCCUCUGGCUGAUCCAUACCAUACUCUAUUCUCGUAA